CUGGCAAAAAGCUUGCAGGCUUCCGUACCGCUCUGACUGCUGACACUUGGCGUUAAACAAACCGGUGAAACGCAGCAUAAAUUAAGCUUUAAACUCUGUAACAGCAAAUCAUUUCUCACAACAACAAUGAGUCGGAGUUAUAACGAUGAGAUCCAGUAUCUGGAAAAGAUCGGCACUAACGUCUGGAGGAAAAAAGGUUUUGUGCCCAACAUGCAGGUUGAAGGAAAGUUCUAUGUGAACGAGUCUCUGGAGAAACUGAUGUUCGAGGAGCUUCGUAACGCGUGUCGAGGAGGAGGUUUUGGGGGAUUCCUUCCCGCCAUGAAACAGAUCGGGAACGUGGCGGCGCUGCCCGGGAUCGUACACCGGUCCAUCGGGCUCCCAGACGUUCACUCUGGAUAUGGGUUUGCGAUCGGAAACAUGGCCGCCUUCGACAUGAGCGACCCCGACGCUGUGGUGUCUCCAGGCGGCGUGGGCUUCGACAUUAACUGCGGUGUGCGUCUGCUGAGGACGAACCUGGACGAGGGCGACGUGCAGCCGGUGAAGGAGCAGCUGGCUCAGUCGCUGUUCGACCACAUCCCGGUGGGGGUCGGCUCCAAGGGGGUCAUCCCCAUGGGGGCCAAGGACCUGGAGGAGGCUCUGGAGAUGGGGGUGGAUUGGUCUCUGAGGGAGGGGUACGCCUGGGCCGAGGACAAGGAGCACUGUGAGGAGUACGGCCGGAUGCUGCAGGCCGACCCCAACAAAGUGUCGUCUAAGGCCAAGAAGAGAGGCCUGCCGCAGCUCGGGACUCUGGGAGCAGGAAACCAUUACGCUGAGAUCCAGGUGGUGGACGAGAUCUACGACGACUACGCCGCCAAGAAGAUGGGCAUCGACCACAAGGGCCAGGUGUGCGUGAUGAUCCACAGCGGCAGCAGAGGCCUCGGACAUCAGGUGGCCACAGACGCUCUGGUCGCCAUGGAGAAGGCGAUGAAGAGAGAUAAGAUCGUGGUGAACGACCGUCAGCUGGCGUGCGCUCGCAUCACGUCGCAGGAAGGACAGGACUACCUGAAGGGCAUGGCGGCCGCAGGGAACUACGCCUGGGUCAACCGCUCGUCCAUGACCUUCCUCACCCGACAGGCCUUCGCCAAAGUGUUCGUCACGACGCCGGACGACCUCGACAUGCACGUCAUCUACGACGUCUCUCACAACAUCGCCAAAGUGGAGGAGCACAUGGUGGACGGGAGGCAGAAAACGCUGCUGAUCCACCGCAAAGGGUCCACGCGAGCCUUCCCCCCCCACCACCCGCUCAUCCCCGUCGACUACCAGCUCACAGGUCAGCCGGUGCUGAUCGGAGGAACGAUGGGAACCUGCAGUUACGUCCUCACCGGCACGGAACAAGGCAUGACGGAGACGUUCGGCACCACCUGCCACGGAGCGGGUCGCGCGCUGUCUCGAGCGAAGUCCCGCAGGAACCUGGACUUCCAGGACGUUCUGGACAAACUAGCCGACCAGGGCAUCGCCAUCCGGGUCGCUUCACCCAAACUGGUGAUGGAGGAGGCUCCUGAAUCGUAUAAAAACGUGACGGACGUCGUGAACACGUGUCACGACGCUGGAAUCAGUAAGAAGGCGAUCAAACUGCGACCGAUCGCUGUGAUCAAAGGCUGAAGCUGCUCCACGUAAAGACUAUAACCGGGAAACGUUCGCUUUUUCUUUUGUUGGGAUGAAUUUGUUGAAAGAAGAAAUGUUAUUUCUAACCUGAAUUUAUUCUUUUUUUAUUUGUGUUUUUGCCAAAUGUGAUGAAUAAAGACGAUCACGGGGUUGAAUGUGAA